UAUGCUGACGCUCCUAGUGGGCGGAGUCGAGAGCGAUCUGCUGCAUCUGGUACAUUGACGUGAUCGCGCGUUUCCCGGGGAUGCAACCACAAAACUGACAUCGGUUUCUUUACCGCACUGAUAUUAAAUCAAGACGCCGUGUGUCGGGGCCGACAAAACGAUUGUUUGAGGACCUGAAGUACCAUGGCUGAGCAGCAGAGGCAGCGUACGCUCUCCACAUCUGGAGAAUCCCUCUAUCAUGUGUUGGGAGUCGACAAACUGGCUACUGUUGAUGACAUUAAGAAGUCCUACAGGAAACUGGCUUUGAAAUUCCAUCCUGACAAGAAUCCUGACAACCCAGAGGCAGCGGAUAAGUUUAAAGAGAUAAACAAUGCCCACGCUAUCCUCAACGACCCUACAAAGCGAAAUAUCUACGACAAGUACGGCUCUCUGGGUCUGUAUGUGGCUGAACAGUUUGGAGAGGAGAACGUCAACACCUACUUUGUCCUGUCCAGCUGGUGGGCCAAGGCUCUGUUUAUUUUCUGCGGCCUGGCCACUGGCUGCUAUUUCUGCUGUUGCCUGUGUUGUUGCUGUAACUGCUGCUGUGGUAAGUGUAAACCACGACCACCUGAGGGACAGGAGCAGGAAUUCUACGUCUCCCCUGAAGACUUGGAGGCCCAGCUGCAGUCCGAUGAGAGAGAGGCAGGUGGAGGUGAGCCUAUCGUGAUGCAGCCCUCAUCUGCCACGGAAACCACCCAGCUGACGUCCGACGGUUACCACACCACUUACCGCACUGACACCAGCUUCAACUAAAAGCUCGACCCUUUCCACCUCCACUCUGUGGCUUAUCUCCUGCCACUACACCCCACCUCUCUGAGGAAAAAAUGAGCAGAAUCCUUAAACUACAACAAAAUAGCCUGUUUCUGAGAGGAGGAAAGUCAGCAAUGGAGGAAUGGUUUUUAAUUUAGCCUAACUUGUCCUGUUCACACACCACUUCCAUGUCCCACACAAGAGUGGCUCCCAUUCACCUCAGCGUAGCUUAAAACCGAGUUUUUGAAAAAGAUUAAAAGAUCCUGUCGGUUAGCCUGAUCUCUUUGUUGCCUUGACCUCUGACCUUGCCUUCCACUUCCUCCAGUCAGUUUUGCUCGUCGUCCUGUGGCAUGCACUGUUCCUUGACUUUGUUAGAUUAAAAUUUCACAGUUUUGGGUUUUUUUGUAGGUAUAUUUAUUGACAUGCGAUGUUUGUUUCCAUUUUUGUAAGUACUUUUGACUGUGGUUUGAAUUUAACAUUGUGAACUUGCCAUAGGUGUUCGAAGACUAGUGAGGCUCAGCUGAGAAGCAGUAGGAUUUGGUUUAAUUCUUGACCAACAUCUUAAAUGUUUUAUUCCCAGUACCCCUCUGUGUUUUAUCAAACCUUCAAACUUACAAAUUUAAGUAAGUUUAAAUCAUUUUGUGUAUUUUUGAAAAGUACUCAUUCAUCAUUAGUUUUUUUAAACCAUUUUUUUGUAAGAGAGAAAUAGAAGUGAUGCAACUGAUGACGUCAUCCUCUUAGUAGUUACAUUUUUUACAUUUGGAUGUUGGUGAUUCUUAUUAAGGACCAUUCGCAACAAGCUGAGCCAACAUUAGCACUCUUCUGUGUAUGUGGAAUGGAUUUACAUGUCAUCUCUCGGUGUGCCUAGUAUUUGGACGUUGCCAUGCCGUGCUGAGGUUGUUCGGUAAUAUGCUAUAACUGAGCUUUGGUCUUUGUGUUAAGCUCCAUUCGGCCCAGUUGUGUCUCUCCUGUCAUUGAAGGGGAAUCAUAAAUACCACCCAUAGUGUCAUAUCUAAUGUCACAUCUUGACGGUGCAUAAUCGAUAUACUAACAAAGAUGAGGCAUUUUUAUAUAGAUAAACAAUCUGUACACAUCAUGUGUAUUUACAAUAUAUGUAUAUUUUGUGCAUUUUUAUAUUUCUGUUGUUGUUUUGCGCAUAUAGUUAAGAUUGCGUGAUCUAGUUCUUUGUGUCUGUGGUACUGGCCCCUCGUGGUCGCUUCCUUUGCCAAGAUAUACAGCAGAUAUACAGUCUAAAGUGAGAGAAAUGUUUGUAAUAGUUCAAUCCUUAAGGAUUGUGUGCUGUAUGUUCCUCAGAUUUAUUUAUUGAAGUGGCAUGAUGCAGCUCUCAUGCUUUUUAACAUUACAAGUAUCUGGAUACAUGUCUAAGGUUCAAUCUCACAAUGCCUAAAAGGAAACCAAAUAUUAAAUUGUGCAUGCAUUUUAAUUUUCUCGGGUUUCAUUUGUUUAAUGCACUCAGAUGUACAGUAGUACAGUAUGCGAGAAUCAUUCUGUAUACAUUUUUUUAUUAUUAAAAUCAGCGUACAUGAAAGGCGGUUUUUGAAAAGCCACCAUGGUUUGUGGUAAAAUAUUUAUCAAGUUGCUGACAGGCUUUGUGAAAUUGACUCUCAAAUCUCUCCAUCACUACAAUAAUGUAAAGUGCAAAACUAUCUGAGUAGUUCUGGGCAUCUAUUUACAAACCAUUUAUUUUUGUUUCUCAGUUUUAAAAGGACUUGUAGUCUUAGAUGUGUUGAAACUUUAUUGAGCAGCUAAGUUUUGAUGCUACAUUUUACAAAGAAUAAGCUACUUUACAUUAAUAUUUCAGCAUUUAUUUGAUAUAAUUUCUUAGACAUGGCAUUAUAUUUAAUCAUCCUUAAACAUUUUUGUUUUAUGUGUGUCAUAUUUGGUGUCAUGUAGUAUAGUCAUGUGGUUGGAUCCUCAUCGUGAUUCUCUUGAUAGACGUUUUGUGCUCUAAAAGAAAAUUCAAGUAAGAAGUUAUGUGGCGACAUCAAGUCACCUCAGUACAUGUGGUCAGUUGUUUUUUCAAGUACAGUACAUUUGAAAGUACUUUAAUAACCUUCUUAUACCAAACCUGAUUUUCAGAAUCUGCUAUUACAAAUACUAACAUUACCAUUAUUGCCAUAUUCACUAUCAGGAAAAUUUCCAUCAUGGCAUUUUUUCUGUUUGUGUACUCUUCCUUUUCCUUCCCAGCUCAAACUGAAGCAAAACACAAAUGUCACCAGCCAUGUUCAUGUGUGAAUUUUCCUGUUGAUCCUUAAAUGCCAAUGAUUUUUUGAUUUGUUUAGAUUUAGUUAUUGAGCACAGCACAAUGAUGUUUUGUGUGUCACUAUCUGCUCCUCUUCUUCUUCUCUCUCGCUCUCUUUCUCACUCUCUCUUGUUCUCUCUCGAUGGCUUUUAAUGGAUUUUAGACUCUGUGGUCCCUUUUAUCUGUGAUCUGCAAUUAAAAAGUAUGGCUUCUUUGUUAAAAUGGUGGAUUUUCCUUUAAAGUUAAAUGAACCUUGCUUAAAGGAGAGAAAAAAAAUGAAACAUACAGAAGUAAAAUGGUCAGGAAAUUGUUGCAAUUAAUGUCUUGAGAAAGAAGAGAAAAUGUUUAGUGUAAUUAUAGUGAAAUGGUUAUUUUAUGCAUUUUCUAAUUUUAUUUAUGAUCUUGUUUUGUCAUGUUUAUAACGAAUUGUCUUUGUUUCAAAUGGUAUGUUACAUGAAUUUGACUCUGAAACUAUGCGACAGUUCUCUAUAGUGAAGGUCUCUUGUACAUACACUGAAUUAUUAAAAAGAAUAAUAAUAGA